AAUUCUUCAACCAUCAUCAACACUGGAUUGAAUAGGCCUUGAACAAUGGGGUUCUGCAAAAAAACGACUGAGAGCAUCAUGUCGCCAUGUCUCAAAACAAUGCUGACAUUCGCAGCGGGAACAAAUCCCGAGGAGAACAACCCCAUAUUACACUAGAGGGCAACUGGAACAAAAACAACUCCAUCCUUUACACCGUCCCAACCCGGAUUACUAAUUCCGAACCUAUCCCAUCCGAGAUCUGAACGACACCACUAUAUCCGCAGUGGCACUGCAGGGGAUGACCUGUCAACUUGUUAAUUCCAGUGCCGAACAUGGGCGCGCCCUUCGCAUGGCGUGAUCGUCCUAACGAAUGGCUUCAAUUUCACCGUUCCCAGCGUUGAAGCAAGCGCACGUGUAAGUCCAACCUCGUGACGGAAAAACAUCUCGACACUGGGAUGCGCUGGUGUACAGCAUCUUGUUGAAUAACUAUAAUCCACUUAGCGCUUUGAAAUCCUAAUCAAUGUUACUAAUGUCAGUGAGGUUUUCUGGUUUUUAUCACCGGUGUGAUGUGAAUGGAAGAAAAUGUAUAUGUGAAGGAAGAUAUAAAUCCGUUCACAUCCACCACCCCAUCACCGUUGUUUGAAAGACAUUCAACAACAGCACUAUCAACACCAAAGCAGCCGUAUUAUACUUGCUCAAGACACCUCCCACUACCCUAUCCACAACCAAAGUUCCACCUUCCCAUCCUAUACCAUCACACAAUGACCAUCACCACCUCAGAAGACCGCGUCCCCCGCGGUGACGUUGUCGCCCCCCUGAACUUCUACGAGCCCCCUUCGGACGGCUCAAGUCCCUUUAACAACAUCGACCCGGCCCCCGGCGUUCCCGAGCGUAACUACUCUACCCAAACCCUCCCCGUCACCAUCCACGACAUCCGCGGCCUCGAGUCCUCCUUCACACUCGAUAACGACGCCUUCCAAAUUCUCCAGGGCCUCCCUCCCUCCGCCGAAGAAGACCCUGCAAAGAACGGCUCCAACUUCACCUCCGACGCCUCCAUCUCCCAACUCUACUACCCCGAAGUCACCCGCCUCCUUCUGGACACCAUCCCCGGUUCCAACAAAGUCAUCAUCUUCGACCACACCAUCCGCCGCACCUCCCCCUCUGCGCCCCGUGGCCCAGUGCAGCGCGUACACAUUGACCAAACCGCCUACUCCGUCGCGCAACGUGUGCGCCGACACGCUCCCUCUCCGGAGGAAGCCGAGCGGUUGUUGCAAGGGAGGUACCGCAUCGUCAACGUAUGGCGGCCGCUGAACAAAGGGCCCGUGGAAAGCUACCCGCUGGCGUUUGCCAGUUCACAGACGGUAGACGACAAAGAUAUAGUGCCCGUGGAGCAUCGGUAUAAGAAUGGCUAUACCGGUCAGACGGCCGCGGUGCUGCAUGAUGAAGGGCAAAAGUGGUACUUUUUGAGCGGCAUGACGGGCGACGAAAGGAUUCUGUUGGAGUGCUUUGAUAGUUGGGCAGGCAGAGAGGACCUGGAGGAGGGGAGGAAGGUGAAAGGGGGAAGGGUGCCGCAUACGGCUUUUGAGGAUCCGAGACAGAGAGCGGAUGCUGAGGGACGGGAGAGCAUUGAGGUGAGGGCCCUGGUUUUUGGACCUUGACUUAGUGCAUGUUCUCUUAUGGUGGACACAGGAGGCGGGUUGGAGUAUUCUCUAAGUGAAUGAGAAUAAGUAAUGGUUUGAUAGAGUUUAAUGGCAGUUUUGAG